AUGGUCGCAAUUGGUGAUUCUAAGCCCCAAAUCAAACGGUUUCCCGUUAGUGAAAAUCCAGAGACGAUCUGGAAAGUCGUUGAAGAAGAUGGUGCCGCCAUCGUUGAGGGAUGGCUUUCGCCCGACGUGGUCCAGCGCUUCAACCAGGACUUAGACGUGCGCUCGGCAAAGACUCCCGGAGGGACAAUGAACGAGGAGUUUUAUACGAUGCCGCUGCCCAAAACCACAAAGUGGAUGAACGACCUUCCGGCGACCUGCAAGACUUUCCGGCAUGAUAUCCUGAACAAUCCAAUCCUGCACGAUAUUUGCAAGAUUGCUUUCAAAGAGCAUGGUGACUACUGGUUGCUGAACGGGAUGGCGAUGGAAAUGGCUCCUGGAAACCCCAUCCAGCAGAUACAUCGUGACCAAGGAACGCACCCGAUCCUCAAAUAUAUCAAGCCCGGGUCGCCGGUGCCCGCUAUUAGCAUUAUUACCGCUUUGACGGAAUUCACUGAAUUCAACGGCGCAACUCGUGUCAUUCUAGGGAGUCAUCGGUGGGAGAGGAUCGGAGAUCCGUCUCCUGAUCUGGCGGUGCGUGCGGUGAUGAAGCCCGGCGAUGCAAUGAUCAUGUACCAGGGAACUGUGCACGGCGGAUGUCCACACGAUGAGGGUAAUCCUGAGCAUCGCAGACUUCUGCUGUUGGGCAUGGGUACCUGCCAGCUCACCCCCUACGAAACACAUAUGACGAUGCCGCGGCGCAUUGUGGAAAGCAUGACGCCUUUGGCUCAGAAGAUGAUCGGUUGGCGAAGUGUACGGCCUGUUAUUUCUAAUGUUACAGGAUUGAUGACGGUUCGAAUGAAGCAUCUUGAGCGACAGAUUGAGCUGAAGUCGGAUGUGCCGUUGGAGGAAGAACGAUAG